AGCCAACGUGGGGCAGGCGUGGGCGCCUGCCCACGCCAGCCAAAUAAACUCCACGAGUUUAGUGGAGUGUCGGUCUGCCUCAUGCCCAUCUACACGCUAUGCUGCCCACGCCAAACAUGGAUCGGGUCCAGCAAUUGAUCCAGCUCCAGCCUCCAGAAAACAUAAGGCGCCCAAAUUCACCCGAAAGUUCGCCCAAAUUCGGCCUAUUGAUUCUGUCUGCCUGCAGCCCGCCCAAAUUCACCCGAAAGUUCGAAACCGAAAGACAAAAGUAAAACUGCCAAAGGGUGAAGCCGCGAAGGCGAAGGGGCGAACCGGCGAGUGAAGGGCAAGGCUGCAGGCCCACAACCGCGCAGCGGCGCAGGCUCGCAGCGGAGCAGCAGCCAGCAAGGGUUUCAGCUUCAGCUCUGACUCCUUUUUCUUUUUUCCCCUUCUCCUCCUCUCUCUCUGUAAGGAAAAAUAUAAUUCCUUUUCCCACUUGUUGCAGUUGCAGCCUUUCACCCAGAUUUCGUUGGGAAUUUGAGAGGGAAACAGAGGAAUAAGGUGUUGCCGUGUUGGGUGGGGAUUUUGGGGAACGUCUUCUGGGAGACAAGCUAAGCCUUCCUGUGCCACCGCCUGCUUCUGGCUUCCUUCAUUAAAAACGAGAAGGGGAGGAUCGCUUGGUCUCUCUGUCCAUCUCCGGCGAACAGAAUGUAUCCCCAACAGAGCGGCGAGAAAUGGCCACCGGUACCCUCAGCACCUCCUAACCCAUCGGUCAUUUGCCAUCCUAAUCCAGUCACCGGCUUCCCCACCGCCUGCCCUUCUCAGCAAUAUGGCCACCGACUUCCUGGCCCCAUCCUCCCUGCUCCGCCUCACCCAAGCGCCAGCGGACCAUGGUCGACGGGCUUAUGCCACUGCUUUGACGAUCCCUCCAACUGUUUGAUAACCUGCUGCUGCCCGUGCAUUACAUUCGGUCAGAUUGCAGAGAUCGUCGACAGAGGCUCAACACCGUGCGGAGCGGCUGGGUCGCUGUAUGGGCUGAUAAUGUUGUCGACGGGGCUGGCGUGCCUCUACUCCUGCGUCUACCGAUCGAAGCUGAGGGCUCAAUACGGUCUGGUGGAGUCGCCUCUUGCUGACUGCCUCGCCCACUUCCUCUGCGAGCCCUGCGCCCUCUGCCAGGAGUACAGGGAGCUCAAGAAUCGCGGUUUCGACUUGCCUAUAGGAUGGCAAGCAAAUGUGGAGAGGCAGAACCGUGCGAUCACCACGCCACCAGUAAUGGGACAAGGAAUGAUUCGAUAAAGGUUCUUGAACAAUUCAAAUGUAGAUUGAAAGCGAGAAAAGUAUGAUUGCCCAUUUGUUCUACAAAGGAACGAGACUGCUACUACAUUAUGAGUUGGCUUCUGUAAAGGAUUUGGUUUUUAGUUUGGACAAAUUCUUCUUAGUGGCUUUUCCCUUUUUGAUUGAUGUCCAUGUAUUAAUAUAGUGAGUGACUGGU